AUGUUCGUCGCCCGCUCCCUCCGUCUCUCAGCCCGCCCCGCCCUCGCAAAGGCCGUCGCACGCCCCGCAGCCCUCACCGCGGUCCGCUUCUCGUCGUCCCAGGCCGAGGAGAGCUACGAGGAGUUCAACGCCCGGUACCGCCAGUUCUUCAACGACGUGACCGACCUCUUUGAGCUCCAGCGUGGCCUCAACAACGCGUUUGCCUACGACCUCGUCCCCUCCACCGAGGUUGUUGAGGCUGCCCUCCGCGCCUCGCGCAAGGUUAACGACUACGCCACCGCCGUUCGCAUCCUCGAGGGUGUCCAGGCCAAGGUUGAGAACAAGAGCCAGUACGAGGCGUACCUCAAGGAGCUCACCCCGGUUAUUGAGGAGCUUGGUGUCCAGACCAAGGCUCAGCUCUACAACCUUUAA